AUGCACAUCUCCGGCCUCGAGCCCACGAUCGCGUACAUCAACGCGACGUACGCCACUCUGCAUUCGCUCGUCGGCGUCUGCACCGGCACGAACACGCUCACGCGGGCGGGCGUGCUCGACGGGCGGCGCGCGACGACGAGCAAGCACUCGUGGUACUUGAUGACCCCGUAUGGGACGAAGGCAGCACGCUGUCGUUCGUCGCGGCGACGUGGGGCGAGGAUACCUAUGGCGCGCGCGGGCGCGAACGAGAUCCAGUACAAGUGGCGGAACGACCCCGACUUUGAUGUAUUUGGCUGGGUCUGGCCGUAA